AUGCUGCGGGGCCAACUGGAUCGGCUCCUGCGUCGGCGUGCCCCGGCCAGUCUUCCAGAUGAAGGCAUAGAUGAGAUGGAUGCCUCUCCAACCUCCAGCAAGGAGGAGCCGGAGCUAAACCCAGCUGAGAACAGCAGGGACGGCAAGCUUCCAUCGUCGUCGCCGUACGUGGGAUUCCAGCGACAUGCACCGCCCUCCUCACCAGUUCUGUAUUUCUCAGUCAGCCCUCCACCAGCGUUGGCAGGCCUGAAAGAGCUGGAGCUCUCGAAGGACAGAGGGAUGCCAAAAACAUACUUAUGGGAGAACUGGGAGAUUUGCACCGCUUGCUCGUGA